AUACUUAACCAUCAUGGCCCUCCGGUUCGUUCGCAGGUUUGCUCCUGUUUCAAAGAAUCUCUCAUCCUCCAAGUGCUCUCCUCCAUCUCCAUCACAGCGUGUUGUUCCUGUUACCCUCCCAGAUACCCUCCACCAACUACAUCUCCACAACUUCCAUCACAAUGGCUACGAACGGCACAAACGGCGUCAACGGACACGCCAACGGCGCCAACGGCACCAAGAGCAAGUUCGACCCCAACUUCACACAACAUGUUAUCGACCUCAUGAGCCCCGAGACCAAGCCCAGACACAGAGUGGUUCUCGGCUCUUUGAUCAAGCACCUUCACGACUUCUGCAGAGACGUUGAGCUCACACAAGAGGAGUGGAUUUUGGGUGUCAACUACAUCAACUCCAUUGGCCAGGCCUACCAGAAGAACCGCAACGAGGCAUGGAGAGUGUGCGAUAUCCUUGGUAUUGAGUCUCUCGUCGAUGAGAUCAACCACACGGUCGAGACCGACUCCGGCGUCGCCCCCACAUCUUCCACCAUUCUCGGCCCCUUCUGGUCCCCCGAGACCCCCUUCCGCGACCUCGGCGCCUCCGUCGUCCAGAACAUGCCCAAGGAUGGCCAGCUCACAUACUUCCACGGUGUCAUCAAGGACGCUGAGACGGGCAAGGGCAUCCCCGAUGCCAUCUUCGACAUGUGGCAGGCCAGCACCAACGGAAAGUACGAUGUCUUUGACCCCGAGAACCAAACCCGCCACAACCUGCGCGGCAAGUUCAAGACGGACGCCGAGGGCAAGUUCUACUUCUACUGCCUCAAGCCCACCGAGUACGCCAUCGACACCUCCGGCCCUUCGGCCGACCUCCUCAAGCUCAUGGGCCGCCACCCGUACCGCCCCGCGCACAUUCACAUGAUGGUCACGCACCCCGAGUUCAUCGGCGUCACGGCACAGCUCUACCCCAGCGACGACGCGUACCUCGAGACCGACACCGCCUGCGCCGUCAAGGACGAUUUGCUGCUUACCUUCAAGCCCGUCCAGAACGAGGCCAAGGGCGCCACCCUUGACGUCGAGUACGACGUCCGCUUGGUGUCCAAGAAGUACAAGCCGGAUUCCCAGAUGCUCAUGCAGAACGCCAACCAGAACAAGUUCUAAAGUUGUGGGGUAUUCUGAUUCGAAUGAGUGGUUGUUUCAGCAUGUGAGAGCGGCAGGCAAAUGUGUGUGUGUGUGUGUGCAUAGUACACUGAAAGGACAACACACUGGCUGGAUAAUUGUUUUGAGCAUGAGACUCCGAAGAACGGAGAUUUCUCCCUUUUUUUUUCCCCCGUGUAUCCC